AUGGCGAGUGAUGUUUCUGAAUUUGAACGCAGGAUGGGAGGGAAGACGGCGGGAGAAGUGUUGGUGGGUCUGCUCCGGCAGCUGAUCGAGCAGCUGGCGGCUGAUACACGGCCGGCCUUGCAACAACAGCUAGUCCGCCACCAUUUACAACAAGCUUGGAAGGAGUGGUUGAUGGCAUGGCAUAGCGACGCGUCUGACGGAUUCGGAAGGGAAGAGACGGGGUUACUGCUAGUCAGGACGAUGGAAAGCUGUGCAGGGAGGUUCAGUUCGACGGAGUUAACGGUGACUCGUCCUAAUUACAGUCGGCUUUGUCAUCUACUGUCUUCCCUUUGUCAUAAUCUAAGGCGACGACAGAUGGUUGCCGCUAAGAGCAUCACAGAGGAGUGCGCUGUCACAAGCAGCUGCAAGGACAAGGCAGUAGAAGCAGAGAUGCAAGAGCUGGCUCGGUGUGUGCUGCAGACUUCAGAUGACCUCAACAACCACACCAAGCAAACAUUCCUUCUGGUGGCAAAGAGCUUCUAUUACGCUGCUCACUGCUCACCUGCUGCUCUCCGCAGCCACAUCUCCGAGGUGCUCUUCAUGCCUGUGGCUUAGUCAGCUUCAUAAAAUAUGUGACUGAGCAGUGUGAUGGAGCUUAUCAGUUUAACAUAUUGCACUUUCUUCGUAAUCUUUGGGACUUCUCAUCAUGAAA